AUGCUUUCUGGGAACCAACAUUACAUUGUGGCUCGACCAGCUUACUCUGAAGUCAGCUUUAAAGAGCAUAAUCAGCAAGUGGAGAGGUAUCACAAGACAAUCUGGGACCAUCUGAAAAUGUGUUGCUGGUGUUCGACUGCAAAGGCAAAAAGGAUCUUUUACACGUUCCUUCCCAUCGCAUCUUGGCUGCCAGGAUAUAAUGUGAAAGAAUGGCUUCCCAGUGAUCUUGUGUCUGGUGUUAGCACUGGACUUGUGAGUGUCUUGCAAGGGCUGGCUUUUGCUCUGCUGGUGAAUGUCCCUGCUAGCUACGGUCUAUAUUCAGCAUUCUUCCCUGUCUUGACGUACUGUAUUCUGGGAACAUCAAAACAUUUAUCAGUUGGUCCCUUUCCAGUGUUGAGUUUGAUGGUGGGCACAGUGGUGAACAGACUGGUGACUGAUGGUAAUACAGCAGUGAACAGUACUCUAUUCCCUGAUGAUAUGAGUAUAGAAGACAGACAGGUCUGGGUUGCUUCAUCUGUCACUCUACUUGCUGGGAUUUUUCAGUUGGCUCUUGGAUUACUGCAAGUUGGUUUCAUUGUCAUUUACCUGUCAGAUCCAAUGAUCUCAGGCUUCACCACAGCUGCUGCCAUUCAUGUCCUUAUUUCUCAGCUCAAAUUUGUCCUGCAGUUGAAUGUUCCGGGGUUUAAUGGACCACUUUCUGUGAUUUACACACUGGAAUAUAUUUUCAAACAUAUCACUGAAACAAACGUCCCAGAUGUCAUCAUUUCACUUAUCAUCAUGGUUGUUGUAUUUAUUGUGAAAGAAAUAAAUGAUCGAUUCAAGUCAAAACUGCCUGUACCUAUUCCCAUUGAAGUUAUAAUGACAAUUAUCGCAACUGGGGUCUCGUAUGCUUUCAACUUCAAUGAAAAAUACAAUGUUGACAUUAUUGGAAACUUAACAAGUGGCUAUCAGAGUCCUCUCACUCCCAAUAUGGGUGUCUUACAACAGAGUGUUGGUGAUGCUUUCUCGAUUGCGAUUGUUGGUUUUGCUGUUGCAUUUUCUGUGGCCAAGGUCUAUGCCAUCAAACACGAUUAUGUUCUUGAUGGAAAUCAGGAAUUAGUGGCUUUUGGAGUCAGUAAUAUGUUUUGUGGAGCAUUUCGUGGUUUUGCAGGAAGCACAGCUCUGUCUCGAACUGCUGUUCAAGAAAGCACAGGAGGUAAAACACAGCUUGCUAGUCUGAUAUCUGCUGUGAUGGUGAUGAUUGUAACUCUGGCCAUUGGGUUUCUGCUUGCACCACUACCCAAGUCGGUUUUAGGAGCUCUUGUCAUCAUAAAUUUGAAAGGAAUGUUAAUGCAAUUUAGAGAAAUCGGGAUUCUGUGGAAGAAAGACAAGUUUGACUGUCUGGUUUGGAUAAUGGCUUUCAUUGCUGCUGUUCUUCUUGGGCUUGACAUUGGUCUUGGGGCAGGUGUAGGAUUCGAACUGCUGACUGUUGUGUUCAGAACACAGUUUCCACAAUGUUCUGUAUUGGCAAAUAUUAGUGGAACGGAUAUCUACAAGAACAGGAAAGACUACCUCAAUAUUUAUGAGCCUGAAGGAGUAAAGAUUUUUCGAUGCCCUUCACCGAUUUUCUUUGCAAACGUUGACUUCCUUAGGAGCAAACUCAUUGAGGCUAUUGGGUUUAAUCCACUCCGAAUCCUCCGGAAAAGGAAUAAAGCUCUGAAGAAGAUCAAAAAAAUGUUGCGGAAAGGAGAGUUAGUCAUCACUUCAAAAGGCUAUGUUCAAACUGCAGAUAGAAGUCAGGAGAGUGACUCGGAAAAUGAAGAUAAUAACACGAUUGAAGAACUGGAUAAAGCGACAGAUAUGAAGGAAUUGCCGAUGCGGAUUGAUUGGAAAUUACCUCUUCCAGCUGGUCUUUCUGUUCCCACUGUGGAAAUACAUAGCAUUGUCCUUGACUUUGCUGCAGUAUCUUUCCUGGAUGUGUCUGCUAUGAAAGGCUUGAAAUCGAUCUUGAAAGAAUUUUUCCGGAUUGAAAUUGAUGUUUAUAUCGCUGCUUGUGGUGAUUUAAUCCUGGAGAAAUUAAAAAGUUGUGAAUUUUUUGACGAUGAAAUCAGUCCAAAAAUAUUCUUUCUUACUAUCCACGAUGCAAUGCUCUGCAUAUUGGACAAGCAUGAUCCCAGUAAUUCUGUCAACAUCAUAUGUGACAAGGUACAUAACAUCAAGGAAACAAAUUCUGAAGGAGAUUUAAAAAAGAGGAACUUUGGGGUGCAGUCAGAUACAAAGUUCUGAGUGUCUGUAAAACAAACAGAAAACUGA